AUGGCGCCCCGCGGCCGCUCCUCCCUCCAGCAGGGUCUGGAUCGCGAUAUCUACCAGAUUGUGCGCAAGUAUCUUGACGACAAAGCAGAGUCACCUCUCAAGCUGCGUGUCUCUACCAUUCAGGAGUACAUACAAAAGUCCAACUCUAGCCUCAAGAGACGACCCAAGAAGCAGCUGGAGGACUCCAUCGAACGUGUGAUUGACGUGAUGCGAGAGGACGAGAGCGAGGUCGAUGACGAGAUUGCUGAUAUCGAAGGCGAAUUUGGCGAAAUGGAAGAGAAGGCCCAGAAAGAGAAGGAGAGUAAAUCAGCUGACUGGAUGAACAAGCAAAUCGUCGGUCAGUGGACGAACUCUGGGGCCGUGGCUCCCUCCACAGCCAACGGUGAGAAGGGCAAGAAACGCGAUGGCGCCAAGACCAGCGGAGAACGUGAGAGCAAAAGACAGAAAAAGGCGGAGGCAAAAGAGGCCAAGAUCGAAACCGCGCCGCCAUCUGGCGUUAGCCUGGAAGAUCUCGGUGGAGUGAGCAAGGUCAUGAACCAGUUGAAAGAGCAUCUUGUCCUGCCACUGCUCUGCCCAGAAGAGUACGUUCAGAGAGAGAUUCCUAUCCCGCGUGGUAUCCUGCUGCACGGCCCUCCUGGAUGCGGAAAGACGGUCAUCUGCCGAGCGGCUGCAGCCGAACUGGGUGUGCCGUUCAUCGAAAUCCUUGGACCAUCUGUCGUAUCAGGCAUGUCCGGAGAGUCGGAAAAGCAAAUUCGCGAGCAUUUUGAACGUGCCAAGGAGGUAGCACCCUGCCUAAUCUUCAUUGAUGAGAUCGAUGUCAUCGCACCCAAGCGAGACAACGCGCAGAGUCAGAUGGAGAAGCGUAUCGUUGCCCAACUGCUCAUCUCAAUGGACAGCUUGGCCAUGGAAGGGAACGAUGGCAAGCCGGUGAUUGUCCUGGCAGCCUCCAACCGACCGGACAGUCUGGAUCCUGCGCUCCGUCGCGGAGGGCGUUUCGAUACGGAGAUCAACAUGGGUGUGCCAAACGAAGCUAUGCGAGAGUCCAUCUUGAGAGCUCUCACACGCAAACCUAAACUUUCGGAAGAUGUGAACUUUGGCAGCCUCGCCAAGAUGACCGCUGGAUUUGUGGGCGCUGACCUGAAAGACUUGGUCAGUAAAGCGGGUACUUGGGAGAUGGAGCGAUACCGCGAAGCUUUGGAACUACAAGCUGCAGCGAAUGAAACUGAGAUGGACGUUGAUGAGACCAAGGUCACAGCUGACGAUGCCGAGACAAUACGAUCCUGGAGGCGUCUAGUUCUACGAGUACGCGACAAAGACGCCAUCCGUCCUGUGGGUUUUGAAGACUCAGUCAUCUCAAUGGAGGCUUUCCAGGCGGUACUGCCUACUAUCACGCCCUCUUCCAAGAGAGAAGGCUUUGCGACAGUGCCGGACACAACAUGGCGUGACGUCGGUGCCCUUGAAGGCGUCCGCGACGAGCUUGAAAUGGCCAUUGUUGAGCCUAUACAAAACCCACAGCGAUAUGCCAAGGUCGGUAUCUCUGCUCCCACAGGCGUGCUACUCUGGGGACCUCCUGGUUGUGGUAAAACAUUGCUAGCCAAGGCCGUAGCCGCAGAGUCGAAAGCAAACUUCAUCAGCGUCAAGGGCCCUGAGCUAUUGAACAAGUAUGUCGGAGAGUCCGAACGCGCCCUCCGCCAGGUCUUCAUGCGCGCCCGCAGCUCCGUGCCGUGUGUCAUCUUCUUCGACGAGCUGGACGCUCUCGUGCCCAAGCGCUCCACCGAGCUACACGAAGCAUCUGCACGUGUCGUCAACACGCUGCUCACCGAACUAGAUGGUCUAAGCAUGCGCGAAGGUAUCUACCUCAUUGCAGCUACCAACCGUCCUGAAAUGAUCGAUGAAGCUAUGUUGCGUCCCGGCCGUUUGGAGACGCUGUUGUACGUCGAGCUACCAAAACCUGAAGAGCGUGUCGAUAUCUUGCGCGCGCUGAUCCGACAGCGUGGAGUCAUCCGGCCCGAGCUGGCCGAGGUGGGCCGUCGCGAAGAAUGCAACAACUUCUCAGGAGCCGAUCUUGAGAGCUUGCUGCGUAAGGCGGGUCAGCACGCGCUCCGCCGCCGUUCUGACAUUGUCGAGGAGAUUGACCUUGUGGAGGCAGUCAAGACGAUUAGACCUAGUGUUGGGGACAUUAAGAAGUAUGAGGAUCUGCGCAAGCGCUUCGAGACGAAGCUCUUCUAG